AUGUAUUGCGAUCGACUGCUUGCUGUACUGCUUAUGGCAGCCGCCAUUAAUUGUGAAAUACUGGAUCUAUCUCGAAGAGGCAAUGCCGGUCGAAAACGAAAUCUUCCGUUUGAGCCAGCAAGAGGAUCAAGGAUGUCCGAGAGAAUGGGAAGAUGAUUUGUUGAUAAUAUGUCUUCUAAUGAACAGGAAAAAUUGGAAGAACUAUUUGCUCGAGCAAUUUACUCUAGUUCUUGCCACUUUAGUUUAGUCGAAAACCCUGAUGUUGAAAUAUUUUUUAAGCAACUACGUCCAAGUUUCAGGCUACCUGGAAGAAAGAAAUUAAGUACAACGUACAAGUACAUAACAGAUGAAAAACAUGAAGAUGAAAUAGAUGUGUUUAACCAAAAAACUAAUGAAUAUGAAAAUUACGAGUACCAGAAGGAAUCAGAACAAGAAAUGAUUAAUGAAAACCCAGAAAAUACAUAUCCUAAACCAAUUCUGUCCCUGUUUACGUACGUCCAAUUCGAUAACAAAGAGUGUUUGGGAGCAACGGGGGACAAUGGCACUUGCGUCACGGCGGCCGAGUGUAGCCAAAAGGGAGGCACCGCGAACGGCCCUUGUGCUAAUGGCUAUGGGACAUGUUGCGUUUUUAUGGCUUCGUGCGGAACAACCAUUAGAGCAAACGGCACCUACUUCGUUCAUAAUGGAUAUCCUAAUCAGUAUGAUGGAACUGGAUCAUGUCAAGUAACUCUGCUCAAAUCCGAGCCCGAUGUCUGUCAAUAUAGAUUGGACUUUGAGCAAUUUAGCAUUAUGGGCCCAGAAAUGGAAAACCACAUGUGCAAUAAUGACCAGUUCAUUAUAUCCGGAGGAAAUCCAGUUCCACCUAUUUGUGGAAACAAUGUAGGAAACCAUUCUGAGGAGGGCUGCCUGCAGUACUUUACCGGAGUUGCUGGUGAGAUAAAAUCUUUUAACUACGAGCUAAAUAUGGGUUUGCAACUUUCCAAUCAAGACUACAGCAUAUGCAUUAGAACUGAGCGCAACUUUUGCGGGAUACAGUACACUCAAUGCUCAGACACAGUUCACAAUAGAACACAGUCUUUCACUUUAUCUGGCGAUACCAAUAAUCAAGUCCCAGCGAUGGUGGGAAGUACAGGCAGCGCGAACUUCUGUCAAGCUGAUUAUUUAAUUAUCCCUAUGGCUUCAAACGUUGGUAGACCUGUCACCGGACCAUCGGCAAAUGUUGAUAGAAUAUGUGGAGGAAUACUCAGUGCGGACGUAACGCUGACACCCACCACAAUACGAAGUAACGUUAAACCUUUUCGACUUUGGUUUCAUACGGACAGUGCUGAAGCGCCAACUGACAGAUCAAACAGAGGAUUCUGUUUAAAUUACGUUCAACAACCAUGUACCACAAAUUUAUCGAAACGUUAA